GGCGAUGGCUCCCACGGCCGCGCCCCCGGGCGGGCAGCUCAUCCUCCAGAAUGGCGGCAGCGCUAGCCCGGCGGCGGCAUCGCUCACCAAGGCGGUGAAUCAGAGGGCCGAGGCCAUCGCGGAGGCGCACCGGGGCCGCGUGGAGGCGGAGGCGCAAGCGUAUCUGGAUGCCGCCACCAGGAAGGUCGAGGCCAGGGCGCAGAGGAUGCAGGACAAGGCGGAGCGGCAGCGGAUGCAGGAGGAGCAGCGCGCCCUCGAGGGUCGCAAGCGCGAGGAGCAGCGCGCGGAUCACGUCGUCCACGCCGCCGAGGUCCGCGCGGACAAGCUUCUCGCCAGGGCGCGCCAGGACUCGCACAAGAUUAGAUCACACGCGCACGAGCAAACGGAGAAAGCCAUCGCCGACGCUCUUACCAGAGCCGAACGGGUGAAGGCCGAGAUCGAGGAGGACAAGAAGCGAAGGCUCGCCGAGAUCGUGGAUCGCGUCCAAAACAUGAUCGUCAUUGGCGAGCUUCCGGAAGAGUACGAGCCCAAGGGCGUGGUCAAGAGAGUGAAAGAGAGGCUGGCUUGUUACAUAUAACUCGAGAAACCACACAAAGUUCCUUUGCUUUUUCUCGUGGACA